ACAUGACAUCAGACCAAACGUGAACGCGGUAGCCUCAAGCGCGCGCACGACUUGUGGACGUAAAACGUCACGGGAGCGCUCGUUCUUUCUUUCUCUCGUCCUGAAGAUGGCGGCGGGGACUCUGUACACGUACCCAGAGAACUGGCGGGCCUUCAAGGCCCAGAUUGCAGCCCAAUACAGCGGGGCUCGCCUCAAAGUCGCCAGCAACUCCCCGGCCUUCACCUUCGGGCAGACCAACCGUACUCCUGCCUUCCUCAACAACUUCCCACUGGGAAAGGUACCUGCAUACCAGGGAGAUGAUGGUUUCUGUCUGUUUGAGAGUAAUGCCAUUGCUCACUACUUGAGCAAUGAAGCCCUGCGUGGUGCCACUCCCCAGGCCGCGGCCCAGGUGCUGCAGUGGGUGAGCUUUGCUGACUCUGAGAUCAUCCCUCCAGCCAGCGCAUGGGUCUUCCCUACUCUGGGAAUUAUGCAGUUCAACAAGCAGGCCACAGAGCAGGCCAAGGAAGACGUGAAAAGGGCCUUUGCCGUGCUGAACCAACACCUCAACACUCGUACUUUCCUAGUGGGAGAGAGGGUCAGCCUGGCUGACAUCACUGUGGCGUGCUCGAUGCUGUGGCUCUACAAACAGGUCCUUGAGCCUUCUUUCCGUCAGCCUUACCCCAACGUGACCCGCUGGUUCGUUACUUGUGUCAAUCAGCCCCAAUUCAAGGCCAUCCUUGGAGAGGUGAAGCUUUGUGAAAAGAUGGCCCAGUUUGAUGCCAAGAAGUUUGCUGACAUGCAGCCGAAGAAAGAUGCACCAGCAAAGAAAGAGAAGGUGGUAAAAGAGGCAGCCAAGCCCCAGGAGAAGAAGGAAAAGAAGAAGGAAGAGAAGAAACCUGCCCAAGAAGAGGAGAUUGAUGAAUGCGAUGCUGUUUUGGCUGCUGAACCCAAAACAAAGGACCCCUUUGCACACCUGGCAAAGAGUGCGUUUGUCAUGGAUGAGUUCAAGAGGAAGUAUUCCAACGAGGACACCAUGACCGUAGCCAUUCCCCACUUCUGGGAGAACUUUGACCAUGAGGGCUUCUCCAUCUGGUACUGUCAGUACAAAUAUCCAGAGGAGCUCACACAAACCUUCAAGAGCUGCAAUCUGAUCUCAGGUAUGUUCCAGCGCCUGGAUAAACUCCGAAAGAAUGCCUUUGCCAGUGUCAUCUUGUUUGGAACAAACAACGACAGCAGCAUCUCUGGCCUGUGGAUUUUCAGAGGCCAGGAACUGGUCUUCCCUCUAUCUCCAGACUGGCAGAUUGACUACGAGUCCUAUGACUGGCGCAAACUGGAUUCCAAAAGCCAGGAGUGCAAGACCAUGGUGAAGGAGUACUUUGCAUGGGAGGGUGAAUUUAAGCACGUGGGUAAAGCCUUCAAUCAGGGCAAGAUCUUCAAGUGAGAGGACACUGGAAACGUCUGAACAGAAGCACUCAUCGCUCUGCUUUCCGGCACUUAAUGAUUGACUUUCAGCCACCACGUGCUUACUUUACUGCAAGAAUGACUCUGAAUUACAGUGUUUAAGAUGGGAGUGAAUUGUCUCAUUGGCUCCAACUGUUUUGUUUUGACUUGCGAAAUAAAGCAUUUUCCACAAUGCCA